AUGAGAAACCACAGUGUUGUUUCUGAGUUCAUCCUCUUCGGGCUGUCUGCUGACCCCCAGAUCGAGGCUCUCCUCUUUGUACUGUUCCUUGUUAUUUACCUCCUGACCCUGAUGGGGAACCUGAUGCUGCUGCUGGUGAUUAGGGCUGAUUCUUGCCUCCACACCCCCAUGUACUUCUUCCUGGGACAGUUGUCCUUCCUGGAUCUCUGCCACUCCUCUGUCACUGUGCCCAAGCUGUUGGAGAACCUCCUGUCUGAGAAGAAAACCAUCUCAGUAGAGGGCUGCCUGGCUCAGGCCUUCUUUGUGUUUGCCACUGGGGGCACUGAGUCCUGCCUACUCACUGUCAUGGCCUAUGACCGCUAUGUUGCCAUCAGCUCCCCUCUGCUCUAUGGCCAGAUGAUGAACAGACAAUUGUGUAUGGGGCUGGUGUGGGGCUCAUGGAGCGUGGCUUUUUUGGAUGCUCUUAUUAAUAUCCUUGUAGCUCUCAAUUUAGAUUUCUGUGGGGCUCAAAAUAUACAUCACUUCAGCUGUGAACUGCCUUCUCUCUACUCUUUGUCUUGCUGUGACGUGUCUGCAAGUUUUACUGUCCUGCUGUGCUCCAGCCUCUUGCAUUUCUUUGGAAAUUUCCUCCUGAUAUUUUUCUCCUAUGUUUGCAUUUUGUUCACCAUCCUGAGUAUGAAUGCUACCACAGGCAGAAACAAGGCCUUCUCGACCUGCUCCUCCCACCUCACUGCAGUGAUCUUCUUUUAUGGCUCAGGAUUACUCCGCUAUCUCAUGCCAAAUUUAGGAUCCACUCAAGAGUUAAUCUUCUCCUUGCACUAUAGUGUGGUCACUCCUAUGCUGAAUCCUGUCAUCUACAGCCUGAAGAACAAAGAGGUGAAGGCAGCCGUGAGAAGAAUUUUGAGAAAACGUGUCUAG